UUUUUUUUCCAGGUUACCAUGUUGUGUUGUUGGAUGCCCUUCAUCUUGGCCUGGGUAUCCAUGGCAACCCCAACGCGCUGUCAAAGUGGCGAUGGUGAAUGGGGCUCAGGAUUUGGCAUUUUCUCUGCAGUGAUCGCCACCAAUGACACAUCGCAGGCAAUCGGUGAUGAGCCUGUGAAGACGAGAAACAACCAUGACUGGAUUACAUCAGCAGCAGUUUCGCUAUCACCCUCGCUUUCGCUGCACUAUGAUCCCCAACAGGACAAGUGCUCCGUCUACUUCAGCACUAACAGUGCCUCAGCUCGACGGCUGAAGGCCCAAAGAGAGGACCUGGCCUAUCUGCAGACCAUCCAGCAUGCAAACAAGGCAGUGAUGGAGAACCUGGUUCAGUUUGUGGGGGCAGAACUAGGAGAUCAAAGCUAUGAAGAUGUUCUAAAGGAAAAUAUUAUUGGCAUUCAAGAUGAUCAGAAGAGCUGCCACGAGGUGGUAGAGAAAGCUGAAGCAGAUCUAGAAAAGCAGCUGGAGGGAAAUGUGCUGGAAGCCCUGGCUGGGAUGCAGACAAUCAGAGAAGAGUCCUUGGCCUUUGAGGAGAUGCUUCAAGCCACAGCAGACAUCGCCAACAGGUUGGAGAGCUCAUCACAGGCCCUGCACGCUUCCUUCACAAAGCAGCUGAAAGAUAUCAGAAAAAUCCAUCAGUAA